UCCUUGCUACCAGUUACUCCAAUUCUACUAUGCAACAACAGAGGGGAGCGCUUUGCAACAAGGAUUUGAUCUAUUUCAAAGGCAUCAUAUUUUCUUGAGGAUCUCGUUCCCUAACCAUAUAACUAAAGCUCCCACUUGGUAACUCUUUCCAUCCCCUCCACUCUUUUCUCCCCUUUGCUCAUUCCUUCUCCUCCCUCUUUCUGUCACUCCUGUGCCCCUCCACCACCCUACAUAUCCUCCUCCCACUCCUCUCACCCACCCACCCAUUUCUCUUUCUGAAGAUAGCAAAGGUGGCGGGGAUCUCCGUGAACAGAUGAAGGACCCCUUCAUCCCAUCUUCAAUGCCUCUGCCUAAGAUCCCAAAGGUCUGGAGCAAAACCGGCUGCUGCUGGGCGUCUUCUUGGAAAAGCUGCUGUCUGCUCUUGGUUUUGUAUGAAACUGGGGACUAAAGGAGUUACAACCGCUGCCGAGUCGUGGGUGAGAGCGACUAAACGUCCUCUCCAUCGCUGCCCGUCAGUCUUGACCAGCUCCCCCCUCUCCACUCCCUUCCCUUAUCCUUCGCGCUUCUUUGCCCCCCUUCCUUUAGUCCGCCUGCCGGAUUCUGAUCUUAAGCCGGCAGCAAACUCAUUAGAAAGCCCCGCGGUGUCAUUCUGAGAGCUGCAGCCGCGAUGAUGCAAAAGAAGACUGUGGUGAUGUUGGUGAUGAUGAUGGUGGUAAUUAUUGCCCGGGUGUGAUGUGAUUGUCAUGGUGGGGAUGAUGAUUUCGAGGCGGUGAGAGCUAGAGCAAGCGAGCGCUAGCAGAAGGAAGGGUUGAUUCGCUUGUGGCUGCUGUGUGGGUUCAGAUUCUCCCCCAACCCCCACCCCGCCCCCCUCCUGACUCCAUCCUCUCCCCCACCACUGGAAGUCCUCCCGAAUCUAAAUGGAAUUAGUGGAGAUCGGAGUCCCUGGCGUAAGGAACAGACAUGAUCUAUGGACGCAGUUUGUUUCACAUGGUAGCAAGUCUAAUCAUUCUGCAUUCCUCUGGGGCUACCAAAAAAGGAAUAGAAAAACAAACCACUUCAGAAGCACAGAAAUCAGUGCAGUGUGGAAAUUGGACAAAGCAUGCCAGUGGAGGUAUCUUCACUUCUCCCAAUUAUCCCAGCAAGUAUCCUCCGGACAGAGAGUGCAUCUAUAUCAUAGAAGCUGCCCCCAGACAAUGUAUUGAACUUUACUUUGAUGAAAAGUACUCUAUUGAACCCUCUUGGGAGUGUAAAUUUGAUCAUAUUGAAGUGCGAGAUGGACCUUUUGGCUUUUCUCCAAUCAUUGGACGUUUCUGUGGACAGCAAAAUCCACCUGUAAUAAAAUCCAGUGGCAGGUUUUUGUGGAUUAAAUUUUUUGCUGAUGGAGAGUUGGAAUCUAUGGGAUUUUCAGCUAGAUAUAAUUUCACAACUGAUCCUGACUUUAAGGACCUUGGAGUUUUGAAACCAUUACCAGUGUGUGAGUUUGAAAUGGGCGGACCUGAAGGAAUUGUGGAAUCUGUACAAAUUAUGAAGGAAGGAAAAGCUUCUGCCACUGAGGCAGUUGACUGUAAAUGGUACAUCCGAGCCCCACCACGAUCCAAGAUUUACUUACGAUUCUUGGACUAUGAAAUGCAAAAUUCAAAUGAAUGCAAAAGGAAUUUUGUGGCCGUGUAUGAUGGGAGCAGCUCGGUAGAGGAUUUGAAAGCUAAAUUUUGUAGUACUGUGGCUAAUGAUGUGAUGCUGCGCACAGGUCUUGGGGUAAUUCGCAUGUGGGCAGAUGAGGGAAGUCGAAAUAGCCGAUUCCAGAUGCUCUUCACGUCUUUCCAAGAACCUCCAUGUGAAGGCAAUACAUUUUUCUGCCAUAGUAAUAUGUGCAUUAAUAACACAUUGGUCUGCAAUGGACUACAGAACUGUGUGUAUCCUUGGGAUGAAAAUCACUGUAAAGAAAAAAGAAAGACUAACUUAUUGGACCAGCUUACCAAUACCAGUGGGACUGUCAUUGGGGUGACUUCCUGUAUAGUGAUCAUCCUUAUAAUUAUUUCUGUCAUCGUACAGAUCAAACAGCCUCGCAAAAAAUUUGUCCAAAGGAAAGCAGAAUUUGACCAGACAGUAUUCCAGGAGGUAUUUGAACCUCCUCAUUAUGAGUUAUGCACUCUUAGAGGGACAGGGGCUACAGCUGACUUUGCAGAUGUGGCUGAUGACUUUGAAAAUUACCAUAAACUGAGGAGGUCAUCUUCCAAAUGCAUUCAUGACCAUCACUGUGGAUCACAACUGUCUAGCACUAAAGGCAGCCGUAGUAACCUCAGCACAAGAGAUGCUCCUCUCUUGGCAGAAAUGCCACCCCAACCUGUCAAGCCCCUCAUCCCACCCAUGAACAGAAGAAAUAUUCUUGUCAUGAAGCAUAAUUACUCACAAGAUGCUGCAGAGGCGUGUGACAUAGAUGAAAUUGAAGAGGUACCCACUACGAGUCACAGGCUAUCCAGACAUGAUAAAUCUGUCCAGCGGUUCUGCCUCAUUGGGUCUCUAAGCAAACAUGAAUCUGAAUACAACACAACUAGGGUCUAAAAAGAGAACUCAAGAGAAGAACUAUUUAUACAAACAUGGGGACUGUGAAAAGAAAAUUCUAUAGUGAAUUGUGAAAAGUGGACAUGUUUCUAAAUUCAUUCCACUGCCUUUAUCCAAACCUAAGAAUUACAGACAUUUGUUAUUCCUUCGGCAAGACAUCCCGCCUGCACAAUGAUAUGUUUAUUUUGUAAUUUGGUUGCUGGCCACCAAGUGCUCCUUAGUUUUUAAAUACAUUUUUGAGAUUUACUGGAAACUUGAAGAAGAAAUUAGUUCCUGAUUAAGACUUUCCCUGCUUUAUUUUUCUUGUCAGUUUUAUUUCCAUUUCUAUGUUGUUUUUUGUCUUUGUUAUAUACUUGUAUAUGAUGUGAUAUGUGUAAAACAAAAUGAUUUAAAUGAAUUUGUGUUGUAUGUACAUUGUUUUCAUUAUAUAGACUGCUUGAAAAUAGUACAUCCCUGGGUGAUUUUGAACAUGCUACAGUGAAAUGUGAAAAUAUCGACCAUGGAAACACCAGCUAGAGGUUUUAUGGACUUUAACCAGCUAUUCUUAUAUCAUGAUCAAAUGCAGCAAAAAGUAUUGAGUAAAAUUAUUAGAUUGCAAUAAGAAAAAAAAAAAAAAACACUAUGGUUUCUUUUGUCAUUCCCUACCUCGACUUUCCACUCCUUCAUUUUCUUUUUUAAUACAAAAGUAGAUUCUCAUUUUCAGGAACAGUUUGUUGAAAUCAGGUAUUUAGCCAUUUUUAUACAAGAUAAUAAAAAAAAAAAGUUUGUUGGAUUAGUACCUAACACCAUGGCUGAAUUGACAUUUUGAGAAAAUAUUCUGCAUGUCUGUACUGGAUAUUUGGUUUCAUAAAUAAUCCCGUUUAUCUGACACAUUGUAAAAAGCAUGCAUUCACAAUUACUGCUCUUACUGUUCCAUUUCCUUGUGUCAUAUGCUUGCUACUUGUAAUUUUUUAUAAAGAUACAUAAAAAUGUAUAAUAAUUUCCUACCUUGAGUUUAAAAAAAGUUUUUCUUUUACUGAAGUAAUACACUCUUACACAUAUUAAUACACAAUUUUCAUGAACUCUUUCUACUUUUCUAAUCUAUAAAGCUCUCUUGUUUGAGGCUCAAUAAAUGCCCCAAAUAUUUUGAUUUCUUUAAUUUUAAUUGAUAUUUAUGUGCUUUGAUGGCCCACCCACCCUCCAAGAUUCAUUUUAGAUUGGAGAAUCUUUUUUUAAUGUCUUUAUGAUAAUAGAAUUAUCCAUGGUCCUAAAUGCACCAACCUAUAUGGUCAGUUUUAUAGGUUAUUUAUCCCAAACUCUAACUAAAAUAUAAAUCAUACCUAGAAUGUGCUGGCAAACUGGUCAUUCACUCUCUCAUCAACAAUCUCCAAGCUGUUCAUUUUUUUAUUCACUACAUUAACAUUUUGUGAGAAAUAAUUCCUUCUCAAUCAUUACUAUAAAAUUUCUUCCCCUCUUUUUAUGUUAUACUCAUAACUUUUUUAAAAAAAAUAAUCUUAAUAGUGGAUGCUUAUGUACUUCAGGUCAAAAUGAAAUCCAAUUAGGCUUUUAACAAAUAGUGGCUUAAGUACAAAAGAUAUUAAGAUACUUAAUCUGUGUGAUGGGCAUCUGGGAAAUACUAUAAAUAAUGUUUUCUUUUGUUGAGAAGAAGAAAAUGAAGUAAAUUAAGCUAUUUCCACCUAAAUAUUCAGAGCUACAGAAUCCUGCAUGCCUAGGUAAUCUUUUCCUUUUUGUUCAAACCCUACUAAAUGAAAGACACUACAAAGGAAACAUGUAUUAUGGUUAUUUCUCUAAUUUUUUUUCCUUAUAUUUCAUGCAUAUUACCAAACAACUAAAAACUUUGGAAGAGUAAAAUAAGACUUUUUAAGAUAGCUGGGAUAGAUUAAUUCUAAGUAAGGCUCUUGGGGGAGGGAAUGUCAUUUUUCAGAAAUUUACAAACAAAAAUAAGAACUUGGUG